CCGGCCGCGAGCUUUGACCGAUUGACAUUUAUGGGAAAUUACCGGCAUUGUAGACAGGUAAUUUGACAGAGCACUUAGCGCAACAACGGUCAUGAACCAUAUGCUUCCCCCCGCGUAUUACUAUCUUUCUUUGUACUUACAUACUUACAAGAACCGUACAAAAGCCGGGGCCACUAGCAUGGUUAUUUUUUAUCCAUCCCUCCUUCCUGACCAGUGACCACCAUGUCAGCUUACGCUGAGCACUCGAGCAGCACUGGCUCAGACGAAAAGAUCGACGCUGAGAAGGCAGCCCUUGCAGUCGAUGCUCUACCCCUCGCCGAUUUUGAUGACCCAAACAUCAACAAGGACGAAGCUAUAACUGGUGUUCUAGAGGAUGACUCGCCUUAUCCUGAAGUACGAUCGGCUGUAUCCAAUACUGACGAUAUGUCCAUGCCCUGCAACACUCUCCGCGCAUGGAUUAUGGGUUUUUUCUGGGUGAUUAUCAUUCCCGGUUUGAACCAGUUCUUCUUUUUCCGAUAUCCCUCCGUCAACAUCACCGGUAUUGUCGCCCAACUUCUAUCAUUUCCUAUGGGUCGUCUUUGGGCCGCUGUCGUACCUAAUAUCUCAGUCUUCGGCGCCCGCUUAAACCCCGGGCCUUUCACGAUCAAGGAGCAUGUUUUAAUCACGAUUAUGGCUACUGUCGGAUGGCAAUCGGCGUAUGCGACCGAUAUCAUUGCCGUACAGAGAGUCUUCUAUAAUCAAACUUUUAACUUCAGCUAUCAAUGGAUGUUGGUUAUGUCUACCCAGCUGAUUGGCUUCUCACUGGGUGGCAUUAUGCGUCGGUUUUUGGUUCUUCCUCCCUCCAUGAUCUGGCCCACCAACUUGGUCACGUGCGCCUUAUUUAACACACUCCAUGCGCAAACAUAUGCUGGUAUUGGCAAGCGUGGUGGUAUCUCCCGAGAGCGUUUCUUCCUUUAUGUCUUCUGUACGGGAUGUGCCUGGUACUUUGUCCCAGGUUAUUUGUUCCAGGCCCUUAGCUACUUCUCUUGGGUAUGCUGGAUCGCUCCAGACAAUGUCGUCGUCAACCAACUCUUCGGCUACGAAAGCGGCCUUGGCAUGAGCACGAUCACGUUCGACUGGGCCCAAAUUACCUACGUUGUCAACCCUCUCGCGACGCCAUGGUGGAGUGAGGCUAACGUUCUCGUUGGCUUUGUGACCUUUUACUGGAUUCUUACCCCGAUCCUUUACUACACCAAUACCUGGUAUUCCAAAUUCCUGCCCAUCAUGUCUCGCACCUCGUACGAUAAUACGGGUGCCGGCUACAACGUCACUGCCAUUCUUGGCACCGAUGGCACGCUCAAUGUUACUGCAUAUGAAGCAUACAGCCCUCUCUUCCUGUCGACAACUUUCGCAGUGUCUUACGGUUUAUCCUUUGCAUCCAUCACCGCUACCAUUAUGCAUGCCUUCCUCUUCUUCCGCAAACAGAUCUGGGCACAGUCGCGUCGCUCGAUCGACGAACAGCCGGACAUCCACGCACGUCUCAUGGCCAGGUACCGCCAGGUUCCCGAGUGGUGGUACCUUAUCGUCUUCGUGGCCAUGUUCGUCUUCGGCAUCAUUGUCAUUGAAGUUUGGCCUACACAGUUCCCAGUGUGGGGCUUCGUUCUCGCACUUAUCAUCGCUUUCUUCUACAUCAUCCCCAUUGGCAUGAUUCAAGCUAUCACGAAUCAACAAGUCGGUCUGAAUGUUAUCACGGAGCUGGUUGUUGGCUAUGCUAUCCCUGGACGACCCUUGGCGAUGAUGUUGUUCAAGACCUGGGGUUAUAUUACCAUGGCUCAAGCACUCGGCCACUACAUGAAAAUUCCUCCCCGCACAAUGUUCGCCGCACAAGUCAGCGCAGCUGCUGUCGCGGGAACUGUGCAGCUUGGUGUACAAGCUUGGAUGUUCACCAACAUCGUGGACAUUUGUAGCACGAAACAACCAGAUGGUUUCAUCUGCCCAAACACUCAAGUAUUCGGUACUGCAUCGAUCAUCUGGGGUGUCAUUGGUCCUCAGCGUCAGUUCUCCCCCGGUCAGAUGUACGGUGGCCUCCUCUGGUUCUUCCUCAUCGGCGCGCUUUGCCCCCUCGCUGCUUGGGCUAUCUCCCUCAAGUGGCCGAACAGCUUGAUUCGUUACAUCAACUUCCCCGUCAUCUUCACUGGAACAGGCGCUAUCCCACCAGCGACCGCCGUCAACUACAUCCCUUGGGCAAUCGUCGGUUUCGUCUUCCAGUAUGUUAUCCGACGCCGUCAUUUCUCAUGGUGGACAAAGUACAACUAUGUCUUGGCCGCUGGACUUGACUCUGGACUCGCAGUAUCUAUUGUAUUGAUAUUCUUCUGCCUGCAAUACCCGGCGAACGGCACGAUCGGCGAAAAUAACGUUUUAACAUGGUGGGGCAACACUGUGUUCUUGAAUACGGCGGAUGGGCGGGGCGAAUCGUACUACACUAUCAAUGGCACCUUUGGGCCGUCGUCUUGGGGAAAUUAGGGUUGUAGUUGUAUAUUCGACAGUACAUACGUACGAAUAAUGUAUUUCUUCUUUUUUGUGCUUGUGUAUGCGAUUCACCCCCAGCUGCACGAAUUCGCUUUCUACAUCCUGCGCUACCUUCAUGCCACUUCGUGCUACGUACUAAAUCAAAAUAUCAUGCACAUUCUGCGAUAA